UGCACAGGAAGUAAUCACGUCACUCGGGUCUUAACAGAGAUAGAAAGACACACACCUGUAGAGAGUUUAUCUGACGGUUCAGAGCUCAGUCACGAGGCAACAUGCAAACAGGUAACCAGAAAAACAGGUGAGGAAACAGACAGGUUAACAGGUAGAUAGGUGAAAAGGCAGCCAGGUCAACAGUCAGACAAGUGACCAGGUAAACAGUCAGAAAACUAGACAGGUAAACAGUGAGACAGCUGAGAGACAAACAGAGGAGAGCAGAGCGACCGCAGCAAGGAUCUCUGGUGUACGGAAAUAACAACAAGAUGACUCCUCCUCCACAUCCUGUUCCGAAGCCUCGAGCUUGUUACAUGAAGGACAUUCUGAGUUCCACCUCCCCUCUGGACAAAGACAUGAAUGGUGAAACUCUGCAAGCAGUUGUCUCUAAUGGGAUUCACCUGAGCACAGGUGAAGGAGCUCCCCCUCUUCUUACUUGCGUUGGGUCAGAUUGUGGCGCCGUCUUCCCGACUUUGGUUGGCGUCAGUGACAUUAUCACCACCAGCAUUCCGUUGUUGGCUGGAAACGAUACUCCGCCAACUCCAUUACCCCCUCCCUCUUUAGAAAACAUGGUGAACAGUACCCACAAAUAUGGCUUAGCAGGGACAGCUAGCGCUGUGGAAAACCCUCCUGCCGCUGAGUUAAACCCUGCUUCCAAUUCUACACCUGUACCUGCUGCUAACACUGUUAGCUUAGAUGGCAUUAUGAGGUCAUUAGAUAACAUCCCGAGUUUAGUGGGAAUCGCCAGCAAUCCUGCUGUAUGCUCCAUGACCCCGUCACCCUCAGCUGAUAAAUACCAAACCCCCUCAGUGCUAAGCAACGGAGACGCUCACACAGAUGUUGCAGGGUUGUCACAGUUGGUGAUGUCAGCCUUGGAGCAGGGUGCAGGAGUACCCUUGCCUCCACUGGAGCAAGCUGCUGAGCUGACAGAGGAUGUUUGUAAACGUUCUCCUCACACCAUCAAAGAACAAAGUCCCUACGUCACAGUUUUGGCCUGCUGGGCAAGCCAAGAUGAAGCUGACACAGACUCUUCCAAUGAGGAGGAAGAUACUGUGGUUGGCCCCACUCCCUCUUCCCACCCAAAUACCAAAGAUCCUUCAGGUUGUCUGGUCCCCACUCGGCCGGUCCCAGCCCCUCCUCGUUCUUCUGGCCAUUCGGGAAAGCCCCUGAAACAGAAGACUCCGAGAGCGGCAACUAUUCGAGUGUCCAGGAAGAAAGGAGGAGGUGCAAUGUUAACUUCUCCGAAUGCUGUAGUCAGAGCUAGCUGGUUGGAUGUCUGGAAGGGUUUCAGACACAAUGUUUUAUGGGCGACGUUGGAUGGACAGCUGAUUUCUCUUUGGAAAAAACGCACGGACCACUUCUCCGAGGUCCUCUUUCAUGUCUCUAGCAUCACUAAUGUGAAGAAACAGGACAAAGGCAGAUUCUCAGUUCACAUCAAGAAGAAGAAUUAUGACUUCAUGGCUCACAAUGAGGAGGUUCAAGGAGGUUGGGUAACAUCUCUGCUAGCUACCAGAGGGCAACCAAGCCCUGCCCCCCCGGAACUCCAUGGACCAAUCACCAUCAAGGACCCAAGGAGCCGGGUCUAUGCCGCCGUCUGGGGUCACGACCUAUGGAUUUACCCCAACAAGGAGGGCUUCCAGCUGGGCAUUGCCUCCUUCUCUGUACCCCUGAAUGUGGCCCUGGUGAAGUGUACAGGAAAGCACUCGUUCUCCCUCAUCACUCCUUACAAGAGUUUCAACCUGUCUGUUGAUUCGUCAAAGGAGCUCGCUGUCUGGUUGGAUGGCCUCUCCUUAAGCAUUCGCAGCGCGUUGUCCAAUAGCAACGUGUUGCUGCGUCUUUGGGAAAACCCCGACAACAAAGUGUGCGGCGACUGCGGCUCAGCUAAUCCUGAGUGGGCAUCAGUCAACCUGCUGCUUGUCAUCUGUCAGGCCUGUGCAGGUCAGCAUCGAGCUCUGGGCAGCAACUUGUCAAAGGUGCGCAGUCUGAAGAUGGACAACAAGGUCUGGAAUGAACCACUCAUACAGCUGUUUGUUGCCCACGGUAACCGGCUGGCCAAUAAGGUGUGGGCGCCAGCAGUGCCGGCGGCAGAGCAGCUGAGUGCAUGGUCAUCUGACGAGGAGAGGUCAAAGUUCAUCCAGGCUAAAUAUAAGCUGGGCUGCUACAGACGAGUCCACACUCUGGCCUUCUCCUUCUCUCUCAUGGAUCAGAGGCUGCGUCAGGUUGUCUGUGGCGACAACGUAGAAGAAACAAUGUCUCUGAUCUGCUCGGGAGCAAAGGUGUGUCCGUCAGACCCUCAGGUGCCGUCCUCCAUUCUUUUGGCUGAGAGGGCCGGUCAGUCACUGCAGACAGAGCUGCUCCGCCUCAACGAGUACACAGAUGUCCCACCAUACCUACCCCAGAAUCGUGACUCCGCCUCCUUAGGUGAGGAGGAAGAGGAGCUUCAUGGUAAACUGGAAGAAGAUCGUUUUCUCUUCUCGUUAGAAAACGAGUCGGCCGCCUGUGAUGUUCUGGAUCUGAGAGAAGUUCUUUCUGUGUUCCUUAAAGAAGGACAGGCUAAUCAGUUUGAGAUGGUGACUCUGAACAAUCAGCUGAUCUGUGCUGCUGACAACAAAGAGGCUCUGCUGAGUCACCUGGUCCACAUCCUGAAGGUGAUUCUCCCAGUGGGCGUGUCUAAUGAGAUAAUGGUCGGAGCUUCUGCAGUCAGUAAAGUUUGUGUGGUUGAUGUUGGCGGAUCCUCUAGUCACUCUGAUGCCUGGCUGUUACUGAUGGAGGACGGAGUCAGUCUACAACCUGUCCACAAACCUACACAGCAGACUCUGAUGAUGGAUUUGGACAUGAUCAGUCACCAAGAAAUGGAUCCCACUGAAAGCAUCAUCACCAUGGUGACAGCAGAAAGGAGAGUGUCACUGCGGUUUGAGGAGCAGCACAGCUGUGAGUGCUGGUUCAGCCAGCUGCAGACGGCUCUGACCAAUCGGAAGAAAGCUCCGAGGAGUACUCCCACAGCCAAUCAGGGUGCAGCUCGUCGGUCCCUAUACCCGGUGAAGGAUUUCUUGAGGGGCUCCGUCCCGCCGGCCAUCGAACGCUGCAUAUCCCACAUAACCAGCUUUGGACUGAAUGUGGAUGGCGUAUACCGCCGCUGUGGCCUCGCAACCAAAGUCACCAAAUUGGUGCAGUCUCUGAUGACAUCACCUAGCUCGACCCCUCUGGAGAGUGACGAGCAGGGCGUAUUAGAUGCUGCCUCCGCACUCAAACAAUAUGUCCGCCAGCAGGAGGGUUUGAUCCCUGAGCAACAGAGACCGCAGUGGAUACACGCUGCAAUGAUCGCAGAUGAACCCUCCAGGUUAUCUUCUUACCGACGAUUGCUCCGGCAACUGCCCGACGACAACCGAGCAACACUGAACGCACUGUUUGGACACUUCUACAUGGUCCAGGUGUUCUCUCAGGUGAACCGGAUGUCGGCUCAGAACCUGGCUGUGGUUCUGGUGCCGACUCUGUUUCAAACCCUGAACCAGGAUCUGCUGAGACUCACCAGAGAGUUCAUCAUCCACCACACGCUGCUGUUCCUGACUCCCGAGAGAGAGGAAGAGGAGGAGGAGGAGGAGCAGAUCACAGUCUUCUGAAGACUUAUUUCUUUGCAUUCUCACAGCUGAUGUUUACUUAUAAACUCUUCUCAACUUUUAUCUGAUAUUUUAAUGGUUUCUGGUUUAAUCGUUUGAUUUCAUGUUUAAAUAUUAGCAGAUCAUUUCUUUUGUUGUAAAAAAAGCAUCACAUUGUGUUCAUACACAUGUUUCCUUUAAAUAGAUUGAAUAUGUCAUAUUUUCUUGUUUCUUGUAUUAUCUUAUCAUUAUAUGAUCUUUUAUGAUUUAACUUUUAUGUUAGACAUUAUAAUUGGAAAUUUCUUUUUAAUAUUUUACCUUAUUAACUAUAAUAACGGGAGCUCUCAUUGCCUAGCAACCUGGUGAGCUUAACAAUUACACCCUUACAACCUGAAAACGGUACAUAUAAAGAAGAUCAUUUAAUUUAGGAAGAUUCGCUUCUCCUCCGGAGCAUGAUGUAUUGCUGAGAUUUUUGGUUAUUUUAAAAUUAAAGACGUUAAUGUAUACUACUUUACUAAUUUAUAAUUACUUUUGCUGUAAUUAGUACUAAACCUCUGACGUUCUUAAGAAACCGUUUAAAAAUCGGUUGAAAAUUAAGUUAUUUAAAAAGUACAUGUAUCACUACCAACACAAUGUUAUGAGUGAGCGAGCUGACCCUACCAAGAUGGCCGCCAUGUACGGAUGUUCGACAUCCACCCUUUUUAUAUAUAUAUAUCUAUGCUCCAAAUCAGCUCCUGGAGGGCUGCGUACCGCGACGCAAUGGGACAUGCAAGUCGCAGCCGAGUUGCAGCGGAAGUUACGUAUGCGGCCGAUGAAUGCAUCCUUAAGGAUGCAGCCUAGCGUCCUUAAGGAUGCAGCCUAGCGACUUUGAGACACAUCUACAGUGUCUUCUCCACUUCCAAGCAUGCCGUACUGCUCUGUCAUAGGGGUAUGGAAGUAAAUCUGUGUCAUCGGGUUUGGAAAGAAAUAGGUGAUUGAAUUUCUAGCACUGAAUAUUUACGCAUUGAAAUUAUGUAUAUGAAUGUUUUUCAACGUUAAAAUAAAAAAUAAAUAAUAAAUAUAAAUAAUAAAUAAUAAAUUAAAAAAAAUUAACUGUGAAUAAUUCCACCGCAAUAUCCGGGACCUCAAGGAAGAGCAAACUCU